UUUUUUUUUUCUUCUUUUUCUUUUGCCUCUUAUUUUAAAGCUCCUUUUCUUUUUCAACAUGGCUUCCACCGAUUCAAGUGCGCUUCUUCUUAAAAGACAACUUAAAGAUCUUCAACGGAACCCAGUAGACGGAUUCUCUGCAGGAUUAGUAGAUGACAAUAUUUAUGAAUGGGAAAUCAUGGUUAUGGGUGCUCCUGAUACUUUAUACGAAGGCGGAUUUUUCAGAGCUAUCAUGACUUUCCCACCCACAUAUCCAAUUAUGCCUCCUACCUUGAAGUUUUGUACUGAAAUGUAUCAUCCAAAUGUUUACCCUGAUGGUACGGUAUGCAUCUCUAUUUUGCAUCCUCCUGGUGAUGAUAAAUAUGGUUAUGAACAAGCUAGUGAAAGAUGGUCUCCUGUUCAUACUGUUGAAACCAUUCUUCUAUCAGUGAUUUCUAUGUUAUCAAGCCCAAAUGAUGAAUCACCUGCCAAUAUCGAAGCAGCUAAAGAGUUCCGUGAAAACUACCCUGAAUUCAAGAAAAAGGUACUCCGAUUGGUUCGAAAAUCUGCUGAAAUGCUGUGAUUAGGAUGAUCUCAUUGAAGUAUCCAACAAAACUUACAUAUAGAUAAGAUUACAUAUACAAUCCGUCAUUUAUUCUUCUUCUUUUUUAUAUUUAUUGUCCGUUCAUCUUCCUUCCUUUGUAUUGCCUACAUGCAUAUCAUCAUUCCCAAAUGUUAGUUGUUCUAAUAUUUAGACAAUCUAUCCUAUUUAUUUUAAAUAAUAAAAACCUUCUAUAUAUUUGUCCAUGAUUAA